GAUGAUAAAAAAGAACAAAAAUCUAAUAAAUCUACUUUUACUAAUACAACAUCAAACGAAUCCACGCCUAAUAAAUUCUCAUCAAUUGACAAUAAAUCCAAUGCUGCCGCCACCACCACCAUUAAUAGUGGUGGUAAUGAUCAAUCAAAGAAACAAGGCGAAUCUGGUGGAGUGACGUAUGGUGGCGCAGUUUAUUAUUCAUUAAAGAAUGAUGCUUUUCGUAGUACGUUCACAAAACAUGUAUAUGGUGCGGAACAAGUUGUUAAUUAUGUUGUGGACUUGCAUAGGCAAGGAACUUUUGAUAGAUUUGAAAGAAAUUUGACAGAUAUUACUCAGUAUACAAAAGUAAAAGGCAAAGAAAUUUAUUAUAAUUUGAAUACUAAGAUAUCUGAAAUUUUGAAAUCUGACGAUGAUGUUAAAAAAGAAGACGAGGAGAAAACAAAAGUGAAAGGCAAAGAAAUUUAUCAUAAUUUGAAUACUAAAGUAUCUGAAGUUCUGAAAUCUGACGAUGAUAUUAAAAAAGAAGACGAAGAGAAUACAAAAGUAAAAGACAAAGAAAUUUAUCAUAAUUUGAAUACUAAAAUAUCUGAAGUUCUGAAAUCCGAUGAUGAUGUUAAAAAGGAAGAACAAGAGAAUAUACAGCGACAGUUGAAUGAGCAAAUAUUGAAGCUUAAUCAAAUACUAGCAUCCAAUGAAAAAGCUGUUGAUGAAUAUAUUAGAAGCAAGGAAGAAGAGAUGAAAAGACAAUUCGAAAGAGAUAAACAAAGCAUCUAUAACGAAUUUAAUCAACAACUUGUCACCGAACUGAAGAGACAAUUAACGAAGCAUAAAGAAGAAUUGAAGAAUGAACUUAUUAGACAAGCUAUAAAUUUGGAACGUGGGUGGAUCAGGGAUGUGAAGUUGGUGGUUGAGCAAGAAAGAGCAGGACGACUGGCCAGACUUGAUCAUAUUUGUCAAAGAUUAAAAAUGCUUGAACUAUUGAGCGUUGAUAAUGCAGAACAUUUAGAUAAAAGUCUGAAAGCACAUAAAUUAUGGCGUACAUUAAAAUCAUUACAGGAAAUUAUUAAUAGUAAAUCUGAUGGCGAUAAGAGACCGUUCAGCAAUGAGAUAACAAUGUUGAAGAAGAUAGGAUCAGGUGAUGAGGUGAUCGUCACAGUUUUAUCAACCAUAGAUGAUUCAAUCAGCAGUAAUGGAAUAGAAUCGACCACAAACUUAUCAAACAGAUUUAAUAAUGUUAAAGAAGCAAUUAGACGUGCAUCUUUAAUACCGGAAGGAGGGGGAGGAGUGUUUGCACAUUUGCUAUCACGUAUAUCAUCUAGGCUGUUAUUCCGUAAACAUGGAUUAGUUGAAGGAAAUGAUGUUGAGGCAAUAUUGGCCAGAACUCAAUAUUACCUUGACAGUAAUGAUUUAGAUAAUGCAACACGUGAAUUAAAUCAAUUAGUCGGUUGGCCUAAAAAAUUGGCAGAAGAUUGGUUGAAGGCUGCCAGAAAUCAUUUAGAAAUCAAACAGGCCAUUGAGGUUAGUAUAUAA